AUUUGAAAUGGCAGUUGUAUAAAUCUUUAACAUGGGUUGAAAUCCUUCAAUUUCUCAUAGUUUGUUACUCCUCUUUAAGAAAGCGAAAAUAUCCCAAUUUUCACACACCGACGAGGAUAACACAUGCGUGGCCUUCGUUCUUUUCUCCACGAACGGUCACAACCCACGCUCCAAGCAGCCGGCCAUGGAGCUGCUCCUUCUCCCUUCCCGUGCCACUGUCUCCCGCCGGCUCCAGCCAACCGCCCCACUCCGCCGAGCCAGCGCGGCUACCUUCCGGCUGGCGGCCAGCUCCGGCAACGUCGAGGCCACCACAGACGCCACGGCGACGACGUCCAAGACCGGCCAAGAAUGGCGCGCGGGCGGCCGCCAGGGCCAGGCGCCGUUCGGGCUCGCCCUGGACUUGUCCGAGGAGAUGAGGCGCGGGAUGAUGUGGCGGAUGCUGGCCUUCCCCGCGGCAGCGGUGGCGGCGGAGGCCGCGCUCCUGUGGGCGCUCGACAGCGGCGUCGACGCGCCCGCGUGGGCCGGCAAGGCGGGGUCGGCCGUGCUGUUCGCGGCAGGGUUGCUCGGGUCCCAGUACGGGUUCUUCUCCUCGAGGUGGGACGCGGCGGAGACGGGGUCCAUGAUGGGGUGGGAGCUCGCCGUCCGGCACUGGAACGCGCUGUCCAUGGCCAGGGGUUCGUCCAUGGAAGAAGAAGAUGAGGAGGACGACGAGGAGUGGGAGUGGGUGUACGAGGAUGACGACGAAGAAACUGAAGAUUAAUUAUGUGUAGAAGAAUACAGUCAGUCAUAGCAGGUAAUUGGUUUGGUUAAACCUUGUGAAAUGCAUGCAACAGUGCUCGGUUUUGUUAGACCAUGCAGUAAAUACUGAAGAAUGGUUACAGGUAGGCUUAGAAGUAGCACUUCUUUUUCCUGUCAUUUCUGUAUCGGCUCCUGUGAAUAGUCACUAUACUUUUCAAUUGGUGCCUACAAUAGAGUGAAAUUCAACGGACUCGAGUAUGUUCAAUUUGACACUCUGUAAAAGGAACCGAUUCUAACACUCUCCUUAAAAGUUUAAACUGCAGACAUUUCUAACA